GGGCCAGCAAUGUGAAAAACAAGACAUAAAUAUGCUAAAGAAGGAGAUUUUGGAAGGAGUAGAUUCAAAGAUAGCAACAUUGACUUCGCUAAUGAAGAGGCAAAAUAGGAAUUUGAAGGACAAAAUAAAAGAAAUAACGGAUGAGUGUACUAAAUCACAGAACCAAAUUCAAAGAGAAUUAAACGCUAAUUUAGAAGAAUACAGUAAACUUAUCAAGUCGGGGGACUUUGUGGCAGCCUCUAACUAUUGGUCCAAGGAUGGCACAAUGGUCCUUGCUAACAAAUUCCAGUUAAAUGGAAGACAGCAAAUCGAGGAUCACCUAAAGAGCCUUGUGAAUAGAGGUCACCACCUGUUUGUAACCCCAGGACGAUUCGAAGGCAACUGCCGCUAUCAAGUUAUGCUUGGUGAUAUUGACUAUUAUAUUGAUAACAAAGAUGGAACUUCAUCUCUCUUUAUAAACGGCAGGAUGAUGGCGUAUUUUACAUACAACAGUUCUAGAAACAAGUGGCUUAUCGUUUUUUCAAUGGACACGUUUGAUAUUCCACGACCAAUUUACGAAGGAGUGACUUUGCAAUUUGAAAUAACCACACUUUGGGACAGUAAGUCAAUUGAUCAUCCCCCAGUAACGUUACAACUGCAACGGCGUGGAAACUUCAUAUGGCUUAUGAUCGACGCUCCAUUCUUCAAUGACACUCCUAGCCCCGGUGGUGCCCCUGGUGAACCAUUUCCCAAGCUAUGGCAAUACGAAGUUGUGGAGGCAUUUUUCUUGGGAGGAGGUGGAAGUGGUGAACCUCUUUAUUUAGAGGUGGAGUUCUCGCCACAUGGCCAACACCUCAUUCUAUUGAUGAAGGGGGUUCGUAAGGCAUUAAAGCACAGUCUCCCAGUUGACUACACAUCCAAGAUAAAUGGUUCCACAUGGACUGGUCUUGCAAGGAUACCCUUGAACUAUUUCCCACCGAAUGUUACAAUGUUCAAUGCAUAUGCUAUCCAUGGAUCAGGGAACCAAAGAAUGUAUGAAGCGUUGUAUCCUACGGAGGAAGGGAAAUACACUGGUCCUGAUUUUCACAGAUUAGACUACUUCCAACCAAUAGACUUUGCCAAGCUUGCCCCGGAGAACACAAAUGCUGAACUCUCUAAUCUGUGGACAGAAUAA